AUGUAUCGUAGCGAAUAUGUGCGUCAUUUGAAGAAUAAUAAUUAUCAUUUGCCAAUGACUGACUUGUCGUCCAUGAUUUCAUAUUCGUGGAAGAAGGAGCCAGAAUACGUCAAAAAGGCAUACAGAGAUAUUUCUUCAGACGCUGAAAAACUGUAUGCGCAGAUAAAUUGCUUUCAAGUCAACGAUGCGACAACUGCAGUCUCGACCAAAGUAAAAAGAAAAAACAAGCCGAAUUUUAUUACCAAAAUAUCAAUGCGAGUACCAAAACUGACAACCAAUAAUUCGAAAUAUCCCGUAUAUGCACCGCAUACUAAUACGGAACCCACGACUUUACAAGUUUCCGAGUCCGCGUUACCGUUACCUCAGUCUUUUGUCCAAGACAAUUAUAUCGAACCGAUAAAUUCGCCAUUUGACAUGCUGGAAAACAGGAUGGAAACAACGUUCGACAAUAGAAUGACAAACUGUUGCUGUUGUCUGGAAUGCGCGUGGAAACAGCAGCAACAAAAUCGUGGUAAUAUGAAUGCCUCUGCUUUUCAAAAGACUGAUGCAGUUGUGCCUCAGUAUUCUUCUUCCGUCACCACUUCCUCUCAUUAUGUGUGCCCAACUCAACCUCCUACCUUAUUUACUCACCAAAUUACAUCUCAAUUUAGUCUAUCAUCUCCUCCAAUCUUUAAUAAUUAUGCUUCAACUUUGGGCUCGUUCUCAUCUUCGUUCACAACAUUUCCUAGCUCAAACAAUGAAUACAGGAUGCCUAUAUCGCGAAAAUAUACUUGA